UCCCUCAAAACCCGCGAUCACUCGAACUCCAUCGAAGAGCCGCGAACAAAAAAAAACACCAAAAAAAAAAAAAAAGAAAGAAAGAAAGAAAGGAAGAAAGAAAAGAAAAAGAAAAAAACAGUAGAGAGCAAGAAAUCGAGUGAAAUAUCGAGAAAAGUUCAAAUCUUUAUGGUGUCUACUAACAUCGUCGGCCAGCAGCAGGCGAUGGCGUUGCCGGGGGCUAUCGGGUCGUUGACUGCCACGUCAGCCGCGGCGGAGGAUCCGAGCACAAAGAUCAGGAAGCCUUAUACUAUUACGAAGUCGAGGGAGAAUUGGACUGAGGUUGAGCAUGAUAAGUUUCUGGAAGCGCUGCAGCUCUUUGAUCGUGAUUGGAAAAAAAUUGAAGCAUUUGUGGGCUCAAAGACUGUUAUCCAGAUAAGGAGCCAUGCACAAAAAUACUUUCUGAAGGUUCAGAAGAGUGGAACAAGUGAACAUGUUCCUCCUCCUCGUCCUAAGCGCAAAGCAGCUCAUCCAUACCCCCAAAAAGCUUCUAAAAAUGCUCACUUGUUACCCCAACCUGCUGCAGUUUUACAACCUUCUUCGUGUCUGCUCGAGCGUGGCUAUACUCCCAGAACAGAUUCAUCUUCUGUGCUUAGGAACUCUAGUAAAAGUGGAAAAAUGUCUUCUUGGGCCCAGUGUUCUGUUCAUCCUUAUGCUGUGGACAUGGCAAAAGAUAAUAUAGGGCCUGCAGGGGCUAUGGUGGCCAGUAAUUGUUGUAGCAGCACCACGAGUCCUCCUAGCACAUGGCAGGUUUGCGAGACAAGUGAUCAAGGGAAUAAUGUUCCAUCAGUUCGUGCUAUGCCAGAUUUUGCCGAAGUAUACAGCUUUAUUGGAAGCAUCUUUGACCCAAGUACAAGUGGUCAUCUGCCAAAACUAAAGGAAAUGGAUCCAAUUGAUGUUGAGACGGCACUGUUGUUGAUGAAAAAUCUCUCCAUCAAUUUGACAAGCCCUGAUUUUGAGGACCAUAGAAAACUGCUGUCAUCAUAUGAAGCCAGUUCUGAAGAAGUGAAAUCUGGGAGUGCUAACAGCACCAUUGAAGCUGAUGAGAUUGUGAAUGGUUCAUCCAUGGUCAAAGUUGAAUAAUCAUGGAUAAGCCUCUGUAUUUAUAACCUAAUAAAUGUGAUAAGCUUCUGAAUAUGGUGUAUUUACACCUUGGAGGCAGCAGCAAUGAGCCGAAGAUAUAGAUAAGUUUCUGCAUCCAUUUCCGCUGUCCUGGCCUGUUAAUACUGAAGCUUUGUGAUAUUGAUCUUUUCUCAUGGCAAGUGGUUGUGGGUGUACUAUCACUGUACAGAUACCAAGACAAUGCCCCGUUUUGUGGGUGAGAUUUUGUCCAUGUAUAUGGCGAGUCUGCGAUGUAUAUAUAAAUUAUCGGUAGCUGCCUUACUACCUUAUGGAUACUUCGGUCUAUACUAAUGUUAUGUACAUACGUCAUGCUUUGAUUUGCAUGGUAUUUGAGAGAUCAAUACUUGGUUUUGGCUGAAUAGAGACUUGUUGUCGCCGCGCUGGUGGUAGUAAUGAUGGUGAUGCUCUGCAAUGUUACAUUGAUCUCGAUGCUUGUAUGUCAGAGGUAUUAUAUAUGCAUCGUAAUCUCAUUUUUAAAAAGGAGAUGCUUAGAGAGCAGUUACCAUGUUCACAGUGGCAGGUUUCAUCAUAAAUCUUGCUAGCUAAGUAGUAAAAUGUAAAUUGUCAUCAUCUUAUUAUUAUUAUUUUUUUCCUUUA